GGACCUGAGCCUCGGGGUGGGGGUGGAGGCGACUCCAGUGGUCAAAAGGGACUUGGGAAUCUCUGUCGCCGUGCGCCAUGAAGGCCCUCUGGGUGCUGGGUCUGUGCUGCGUACUGCUGACCUUCGGGUCAGCCCGAGCAGAUGAAGUCGAUGUGGAAGGUACGGUAGAGGAGGAUCUGGGUAAAAGCAGAGAAGGCUCUAGGACGGAUGAUGAAGUAGUACAGAGAGAGGAAGAAGCAAUUCAGUUGGAUGGAUUAAACGCCUCCCAAAUAAGAGAACUUAGAGAGAAAUCUGAAAAGUUUGCUUUCCAAGCUGAAGUGAACAGAAUGAUGAAGCUUAUCAUCAACUCACUGUAUAAAAACAAAGAGAUUUUCUUACGAGAGUUGAUUUCAAAUGCUUCUGAUGCAUUAGAUAAGAUAAGGCUAAUAUCCUUGACUGAUGAAAAUGCUCUGUCUGGAAAUGAAGAACUAACAGUCAAAAUCAAGUGUGACAAGGAGAAGAACCUGCUCCAUGUCACAGACACAGGUGUGGGAAUGACCAGGGAGGAGCUGGUGAAAAACCUUGGUACCAUAGCCAAAUCGGGGACCAGCGAGUUCUUAAACAGAAUGACUGAGGUACAAGAAGAUGGCCAGUCGACUUCGGAAUUGAUUGGCCAGUUUGGUGUCGGUUUCUACUCUGCUUUCCUUGUAGCAGAUAAAGUUAUUGUCACGUCUAAGCACAACAACGACACCCAGCACAUCUGGGAAUCAGACUCCAAUGAAUUUUCUGUCAUUGCCGACCCAAGAGGAAACACUCUAGGACGGGGAACCACAAUUACCCUUGUUCUCAAAGAAGAAGCAUCUGAUUACCUUGAAUUGGAUACAAUUAAAAAUCUCGUCAGAAAGUAUUCACAGUUCAUAAACUUUCCCAUUUAUGUGUGGAGCAGCAAGACUGAAACUGUGGAGGAGCCUAUGGAAGAAGAAGAGUCCGCCAAAGAGGAAAAGGAAGAAUCUGAUGAUGAAGCUGCAGUAGAGGAAGAAGAAGAAGAAAAGAAACCUAAAACUAAAAAGGUUGAAAAAACUGUCUGGGAUUGGGAACUUAUGAAUGAUAUCAAACCGAUAUGGCAGAGACCCUCAAAAGAAGUAGAGGAGGAUGAAUACAAAGCUUUCUACAAGUCAUUUUCAAAGGAAAGUGAUGACCCAAUGGCCUAUAUCCACUUCACGGCUGAAGGGGAGGUUACCUUCAAAUCCAUCUUGUUCGUGCCCACUUCUGCUCCACGGGGUCUGUUUGACGAGUACGGAUCCAAGAAGAGUGACUACAUUAAGCUGUAUGUGCGCCGAGUGUUCAUCACGGACGACUUCCAUGACAUGAUGCCCAAGUACCUUAACUUUGUCAAGGGUGUGGUGGACUCUGAUGACCUCCCAUUGAAUGUUUCCCGUGAGACCCUUCAGCAGCAUAAGUUGCUUAAAGUAAUCAGAAAGAAGCUUGUCCGUAAAACUCUGGAUAUGAUCAAGAAGAUUGCUGAUGAGAAAUACAAUGAUACUUUCUGGAAAGAAUUUGGCACCAACAUCAAGCUGGGUGUGAUUGAAGACCACUCCAAUAGAACACGUCUUGCCAAACUUCUUCGAUUCCAGUCCUCUCAUCAUGAAACCGACAUUACCAGUCUAGACCAGUAUGUGGAAAGGAUGAAGGAAAAGCAGGACAAAAUCUACUUUAUGGCUGGCUCCAGCCGGAAAGAGGCUGAAUCCUCUCCGUUCGUCGAACGACUUCUGAAGAAAGGCUAUGAAGUGAUUUAUCUCACAGAACCUGUGGACGAGUACUGCAUUCAGGCCCUCCCCGAGUUUGAUGGGAAGAGAUUCCAGAAUGUGGCCAAGGAAGGAAUCAAGUUUGACGAAAGUGAAAAGACGAAGGAGAAUCGUGAAGCAGUAGAGAAAGAAUUUGAGCCACUGCUGACCUGGAUGAAAGACAAAGCCCUCAAGGACAAGAUUGAGAAGGCCGUGGUGUCUCAGCGCCUGACCGAGUCUCCGUGUGCUCUCGUGGCCAGCCAGUACGGCUGGUCCGGCAACAUGGAGAGGAUCAUGAAGGCCCAGGCCUACCAGACGGGCAAGGACAUCUCGACCAAUUAUUAUGCCAGUCAGAAGAAAACACUGGAAAUUAACCCCAGACACCCACUGAUCAGAACCCUGCUCCGGCGGGUGCAGGAAGACGAAAAUGACCAGACGGUGUCCGACCUUGCUGUGGUUUUGUACGAAACGGCUACGCUACGGUCGGGGUAUCUCUUACCAGACACGAAAGCCUAUGGAGAGAGGAUAGAAAGAAUGCUUCGCCUCAGUCUCAACAUUGACCCUGAGGCAAAGGUGGAGGAAGAACCCGAAGAAGAGCCUGAAGACGCAACAGACGACACAACGGAAGACGCGGAGCAAGACGAUGAUGAAGAAAUGGACGAAGAUGAACAAGAAACAGAAAAGCUAUCUGAAAGAGAUGAAUUGUAAACAAGACUCUUCACCGCCGGGAUUCUGAGUGGAGAGAGAAUGUGAAGUUUCAGUCAUUUCUUUUGGGAGAGACUUGUUUUGGAUGCUCCCCCCGCCCCCUUCUCCCCUGCACUGUAAACUUGGGAUUAUGGGUCACAGGAAGAAGUGGGUUUUUUUAGUUAAAAUUUUUUUUAACAUUCCUCAUGAAUGUAAAUUUGUACUAUUUAACUGACUAUUCUUGGUGUAAAAUCUUGUCAUGUGUAUAAAAAUAAAAACGUUCCCAGAUAAAAAA